AUGUAUGAGCCAUCUGAAACUUUUGUAUUAACUCAAAUAAAUCAAGAGCAACCUAAUUCAGCUCACACAAUCAGAAGAGCAAUUACUAGGCUUCCCAAGUUAUCAUUAAUAGCUCGUCAAAAAACAGCAAGUCCAGAAUCCUCUCGUAUAAGCAGUUCCAAAAGCACAAGACUGCGCUCUAAAUCCAACAUGAGAGCACAGAGUUACGGCAACCAAAGCACAAACCAGCUUUUACAAACUAUUGAUCAAUCUGUUACAGAAAGACUAGGAAACUUAUAUUCAAAUCCAAAAGAAUUAGUCGAAACCAUCAAAAAAUUAGAAAAAAGCAAAAGCUCUCAAGAUUUUACAUGCACACUUGGCAAUGAUGUCGAAUAUAAAAAAAGAGCAUUAAACAAACUUUUUUUUCUGAAAAAAUUAAAAGAAGAUGAACUCAAAAGUUUGAAGCUGCAAAUCAUUACAAAUUUAACUAUGGCGAAAGAAGGGGAAAGGAUGGAAAAUAUAGUAGAAGAUUUAAAAGCUAAAAUCGAAACUGCAAGAGAAGAUUAUAAUGAAACAGCUUUGAUUAAAGCAAGCCUAAAUUAUGCAUUUCUAUUAUAAAUAUAAAUGCUCAUAAUAAUAAUUCUGAUCCUAUUUUUAUUUAUAUAAUAAAUAAAAGCUAUCAGCUAGAAUGCUUAUAUAACUGCAAAAAAGGCAUAUAUGAUAUCUCAAAGGCAAAAUAGUAUUAAAAACAUCAAAGAAACUAUAAGGAAAUUAAAAGAAGAAAAAGAAGAAGUCAUUAUAAAAAUCCAAGAAUAUACAGCCGAAAGGCGAAGAUAUGAAGCCUAUACUAGAAAAGUCGGACUAAAAGCAGAACGAUUUGUAGAAAACUCAAAAGAAAAGAAAGAAAUUGCAACAAAUAAAAAAGACAAUUUUAUUAGUGAGUAUGAAGAAAAAAAGCUUAUAGAGGAAUUCCUUAAGAAGCAGCAAGUUCAAAAUGGAAUAAAAAAUAAAGUCAAUGAAAAAGAAAUGCAAAUUCAAGAGCUUGAAAAUGAUUUGGAAAAAGUAAACGACCAAGAACAGCUAGAAGCUGAGUUUAACUCUUGCCUGAAUUAUAUUAAACGGCAAGAUCUUGUAUUCAGUCAGCUAAAAAAGCAUGCAAAAGUAAAUUCUAUUGAAGAAAUCUCACUCCCCCCCCUUUAAAUUGGAACUAAAAAUUUUGUUCCAGUUUAAAGGGGGGUUAAUUUUUUUUUUUAAAAAAAAAUAUCAAUAUAAAAUUUUUUAUAAAAUAUAUAAAAAAUUUAAAAAAAAAAAAUUUCAAAAGCUUAUCGAAUUAGAUCAAUAAAUUUGUUUAAUAAAAUGCUAUUUACUCUUUAUCCUUUAAAACAAAGCAAGAUAUAACUAAAUUUUCAUUAUUAGUUAAUACGCCACUAUUAACUGUAUCAAAAUUAUUUACACAAAAAAUAUUAUUUUUUAUUGAUAAAAAAAAUUAAAAAAAAAAUAAAUUUUAGAAAUUUAUCGAACAAAGUGCUAAUUUAGAUGCUAUUUAUACUCUAUUCUUUAAAAUAAAAGCAAGAAAUAAGUAAAUUUUGAAAUUUUAUAAAGAAUUCCUAUUGAAUUUAUAUCAAAACUAUCCAAAUAAAAAAUAUAUCAUUUUUACCAAAAAAACAAAAAAUUUUUUGAAAAUUUUUAAAAAAUAAAAUUAAUUUUUUUUUAAAUUUUUAGCAAUUAAGGAUAAUAAAUUUAUUUAAAUAAGAUGCUCUUUAUACUUUUUUCUUUAAAACGAGCAAGAUAUAACUAAAUUUUUAAUUCUAGUUAAGAAGAAGCAUUUAACUUAUAUCAAAACUUUUUAGAUAAAAAUUAUAUAUAAUUUUUUAUUAUAAAAUUAAAUUUUGUUCCAAUUUAAAGGGGGGUUAAUUUACCAAAAAAGUGGAAAUUUUACCGAUAUUUUGUUCCAAUUUAAAGGGGGGGGGAGUCAGAGUAUUACAGCCAGCUUAAAGAAACAGCAGCUGCUUUAAAUAGCUCAAAAGCAGAUCUAGAAUCAAAAAUUGAAAACAAAAGAAAAGAGCUAGAGCAACUAAAAGGUACCUGCAAUAUAACCAAGCUUAAUUGCUGGGUUGAGCCUAAAAUUGACUAUGAAUCUCAAAUCCUCAAAAAAAUUGAAGACACAGAAAGGCAUCGAGAACUGACCAUAGAGCGUAUAAAGCGUCAAGAAUACCUAUUAUCUCAGCUUUCAGGAAUUCUGACCAGACUUCUAUACCAAGUCCAAGGAGAUGUCACUCUUCACGACUUUAUCCCUUCUAACCUCCCAAUCGCUUUAGAAAAAUUCAAGUCCAAGACCAUUGAAAUGUUUGAGUACAUAGACCAAGACUCCACAGUUUACCAGCCCACAAAAUCGGAUAGUUAUGGAAAAAAGCCGAUGGAUAAAUUACAGCAAAUUUGAAACCUAUACUUAUUUUUAAAUCGCGUGAAAAAAAACCCAAAAGGAGAAAAAAAAUAAAAACGAUUCAUUUAUGCUGCUAAAUCAUAAAAAAAUUAAAAUUGCGCUAAAGAGUUUUAUUAUAAAGCUUUUGAAAUUAUAUGUGUUUUCUACUCAACUACGUAGAUAUAGAUUUUUCUUUCCGUUAGGAUUUUUUUUUUCAUGCGAUUUAAAAAAAUUUACAGUCAUUUUUAUAUGCUUCAAAUUUACAGUAAUUUAUCCAUCAGGAAUUUUCCAUGAUUAUCCCACAAAAUCUGAUAUCUCCAAAGACAACUCUGUUACGAUAGAUUUACGUCACAUAAACUAA